AUGUCCCACCGGAACCCACCACCUUUCCCUGCCGGCAGGCAAACGCUGAUACCUCCACCCAUUCCCAGGCCGGGUAACUCGUCGCAGAUGUCGAACGAGGACCAACAAAAGGAUUCCCAGAACCGGAAAGAUGAGGCGCGUUUACUCGGAGGCAAAUAUCGUGACCCCAAAGCUGUCAAGAUAAAGCCCGGAGCAUCCCUUCAUCCUAAGAACAAGAAGCCAGGGUCUAGCUUCGCUUUUUCCCCCGAAGACAAAAUCUCACAAACUCAGAAUGCCCGAAGCAGCGGGCCGGUCCGCUCUUACGGAAAACCAAAUCAACAAACUUCGCGGAGAAAAUCUACACAACUUGACGAUGAGUUCGAAGAGUCGAGUCGGCCCACAAAGAUACGGCGCCAGAGCGACACUAGCGAAACCAUUGACCUUACGGCCCCCGCAAAUCUAAACCGCCCUCGUGGUUCCAAGGACACGGAGAAUCGUGUCAAAUCAGCGCAAAGCUCUAUUCGUCCUCAACGUGACCAAUUCUCAUCCGCUGAUUCUCGGAAUGAAAGAUUUACUGAAACAGCAGCUCAGCAACGGCGAAAUCUGGCGAGAUCUACGAAUCCCCAACUGUCUCAGAUCAAUGGCAGAUCAAAUCAGCGUUCUGAGGCUGUUGUUAUUGGGGAAAUUGGGGCUGGACCAAAGAAAGCGGGUCGCACUCGAACUGCAGCUCCUUUGACAAACUUCCGUCGUCCUGUCAAUGGCAGGGAAAGUCCAGACGAGCUUCAAGGAGAAACCACCACACAUCCAGCGCCCAGAUCAUUUACAGAAACACACCCCAAAGCCACUCGUCCUUUCAAACCAGUACGUACAGAGACACCAACCCGAAAACGCUCCCCAUCCGACAUCCCAAUCCAAGACUUUUCGCCACCAGGACAGGCUACAAAGAAGGCGAAGAUGUCCCAAAAGCACUCUGAUAAGAAACAUCUAUUGCGAUAUUUCCGAAUCGGCACCCUCAGCGAAACCUGCGAUAUGAAGGAAUUCGUCCCAAUUUAUUCCAACAAGGAAGGCUUGGAACUCCGCGAGGAUGCACUCGGCCAGCGUAAUACAAUCUCAAUACCUUUUCACAGCAUCCUCAAUGUGGUGGUCGGGGAGAAGCCCAGCCGGAAAGUGAGAAUGAAAAUACUUCAAGGUCCCCUUCAACCAGAUAGCCAGCUCGACAUCGAGUUUUGGACCACUGAGGAAAAGGAGAAGUUACUGGAAGUGUUGACGCAGGCCCGUUUCCAGUUCCAGAAUAAAGAUAUGAAAUGGAUGGACAAGGCCUUUUUGCGAUACGAAAAGCAGUUCUCAGAGGGGGAUACGCAGGUGACCAAGAAGCCCAAGAAGCGGCUUCUUGAUGAGUUGAUGGAAGAUCCAGACCUUGCGCACUCUCCUCCCGCACGACGGGCCAAGCUUUCGAAAUCGUUGAGGGAUGACCAAGGUGAAAUCGACAAUGUUAAUUCGCUUGAGAUCAAAUGCGCCUUGGAAAAGGCAAGACACGGGAACGGCAAUGUCGAUUCUCAAAUGUCUGGCAAAGAGCAACGGAAUCUCCGACCCGCUGAAACAGACGGUGAAGUCCAUGUUCGAUCUACCGUCCACCCACUGGAACGCGAAACCCGGUCUUCUACCCGCCGUGGCGGUAUCAAGCCUGAUGUGUUGAAUGGAGACAUUGCAUCUGAAACAAAACCGAACCCACUUCUUAGGAAUGCUGCGUUCAUGCAAAAGUGGGAAAAGCCGCUGGUGUAUCCGCGAAGUGGAAAGAAGAAGGCUGAGGUCACACUUAGCGAUCGUGAACGGUUGCUCCGGGAAGACUUCUUGAACGAUAACCUGAUUGCUCUCUACAUGCGUUUCCUUCAAGAACACCUCGAACGCACCAACAAGGAGGCUGCCAAAAGAAUCUACUUUUUCAACACCUACUUCUUUGCAACUCUCACGAACACCCCACGGGGUGAUCGUGGGAUCAACUACAGUGGUGUGGAGAAGUGGACUCGGAACGUCGAUCUCUUCAGUUAUGAUUAUAUCGUCGUUCCUAUCAAUGAGAGUGCUCAUUGGUAUGUUGCAAUCAUUUGCAACUUGCCAAGCUUGUCGCUUGGUUCUGCCGACGGCGUAGAGCCGGUUCAAACGCCGGCUCUACAGAAAGAGUCCUCCAACGCGUCUGAGAGUGAGAUCCAGGAGAUCGAAGAGACUCCUGAGCCGGAAGCAAGCUCAAAGUCAGAGCACAAUUCUUCUGACAAGGCCAGUGAACCUCGUGAGAUCCGAAACGGAUCUGAGCUCAGAGGGGAGCUUGACUCCCAGAGCAUAGGGGACCUGGCCGCGCCCAUCAGCAGCCUCCCUCCGUUCCCGAAUCUCUCUAAAUUUGCUGCCCAAAAGCUCGCCCAAGACCAGGCCGCGGCGUCACAACCAACCAGCAAAUCGAAGAAGAAGAGAACUGGGUUAAAGUUGGACCCAAAUCAAACAACUAUUAUCACUUUCGACUCCCUCGACAUGCCUCGCUCCCCCACCAUCAAAAUCCUACGCGAGUAUGUCUGCCGCGAAGCAGAGUCUAAACGCGGCGUGAAACUCGACCCAACCGACGUUAAGGGCAUGCGAGCUCGCGAUAUCCCCCUUCAGCCCAAUUUCUGGGACUGCGGUCUUUACCUGCUAGCAUACUUAGAGAAGUUUGUUCAAAGCCCUGAUUGGUUCAUUACGAAGGUCUUACAGCGGAGCAUGAGUUCCAAAGAUGACUGGCCCCCACUAGGCUCUGGCCUCCUGCGAUACCGUCUCGGAAAGUUCCUCGACGAACUUUGCGAAGAACAGGAACAGGAACACGCCAAUGAGCCGGUUAUGGCAGCCAGACAACCUGUUUCAUUCCUGCUUGGUCCGCCCCUUCCUUGUCAGGAGGAACUUCCGAAUGUUGAUGUGGUACCUGAGUCUCAGCAGGAUCAAGAUCCUUCAAAGGACCCUGCAAAGACUGCCAAUUCGAAAUCCGAAGACUCGAGUGAAGAUCCAAUCACAGACCAUAUGCAUCUCUUAUCUACUGAACCCCCCCUUAAACGACACAAAGCAUCCUCAACCCCACACGCAGACGCAAAACCGCAACAUACCCAUGUUCCUCCACCAAAAGAGGACCCCAUCAUCCAGGUGCGCGGUAGCCAGGAAGAGCCCGAGGGGCCAAGCACACCAGCGUCUCCUGCAAGAAAAGAAAGAAAGAGGCAAAGCCCACGAGGCCCUCUGCAAAAGAGAUGA